GUAAAGGUGUGUGUGUAUGUAUACAUGACAAUAAUAAUGCUAAUUUUAGAAUUUUGAGGUUCAUUUGAAACAAGUUAUAACCCUGGGUUAAUGUUUACCCAAUUUGAAUAGCUAAAACUUUUAUGCAUUUUGAAUGCGCUUUCAACCACAUGUAAACGUCGCGGUGAGGAAAGUAAUAGAUAAAUAUAGCGUAGCAUCAUCUACCAAAUUAUCGGCCAGCGUGUGGAGAAAGUUGACGUGUACUUUAGGAUAGAUUCUAUAUAUCUGCAGAAUUUUCUCGGACACUGUUCUGUUACAACGUAAAACAUGCCAGGAAAAAGUAAAAAUUUACUGAGGAAUCCAUGUGCGAAAGAGGGUUUCGAUUACUGGGAGGUUGUGUGUAGUGGGGGAGAUGGUUUCAAGUGUGAGGAGGAACCGGCCGGAUGUGACAAGAUUUGCGACUGCACCAGUGUGAAAGAGAAUCUCCCAUGCUGGUCAACAAGUCACGAACCUUGUGAAAAGUUUCAGCUGGUGUAUUUACCGGAGUUCGACAUAAGCGAGGAAAGACUGGAUGAGAAAAAGCCACCAAUAAGGAUAAGAGACUGGUAUGGUGCAAGAAAUGAUUGUGGUUGUCAAUACACGAUCAGCGUGCGACUGUUAGCAGACGACAAAUCAACUGAACUAGACGCUUGGAAAUUUGAUGAUACCAAAGAGGAAGGUUCUGGCUGGACAAAAGUGAAGCACGUGUUUAAAGACUAUCCACCAGGUGUCCGUUACGUAGAGUUUAAACAUGGCGGGCAGGAUACAAAAAACUGGGCUGGACAUUUUGGUGCCAAAAUGACGAAUUCUGGAGUUUUUGUCGGCAAGAAAAGGAGCAACAGAAAGAAAAGGACUGUGAGGGAAAAACUAGGCAAGAAUUUGCUGAAGAAUCCAUGUGCCGAAUCCAACUUGGAGUGUUGGACUAUUGUCAGUGAUGGUGGUUGGGCCUGUGAGGAGGAGCCAGCCGGGUGUAAGCCAAUCAAAGAAGCCAACGAAGAGGCUGAAGGUGAAUCCUGUUGGUCAACAUCUUACCAGGACUGUGAAAAGAAGCAGGUCAUUGACCUCGGUUAUGAAGGGUUCGAUCCUGACUACAUGGAUGAAACUAGACCGGAGAUCAGAUUUAGCGAAUGGUUUGGAUCCCGAAGCGAUGCAGGUUGUGUAUACUUUUUAACAGUUCGUCUGCUUAAUUCCGACAUGGAAACUGUGGACGAAAAAGUGAUCAAGGAGACAAAAGAAGCCGAGGGAGACUGGUAUAAGGUCGAAGACAGUUUUGGAGGCUAUGGACCUGGUGUGCGCUUUAUUGAGUAUUCACAUGGCGGUCAUGACACGUGCGGUUGGGCGGGAAAUUAUGGCGCCAAAAUCACUUGCUCGUUUGUAGCAGUCGUUGCAGAGGCAGAAACCUCGUCUUCGUCUUCAUCUUCGUCUUCUUCUUCGUCAGAUGAAAACUGAUGUUAAUUAUUCAUGUGUUGUACUGAAAUUGGUUUUAUUCUUGAUUUACUCAUUUAUUUAGUGGCAUUAAACAAUGUAGUAUUUAGGUAAUUCAGAUGAAAUUUUGUACAAAUCUUACUAUGAAAUUACAGACUUUGCGCUAUGUAAAGCGCCUUUGAACAAGUUUACGAUGAAAAAGGCGCUGCAUAAAUCUGGAAUUAUAUAUAAAUCUGGAAUAAUAUAUAAAUCUGGCAUUAUAUUUACACAUACAUUUUCUUAGUUCUUAUGGAUGUUACGUUGAAAUUUGAUGUAAAGCGGCUAGAAGAAUGAUUAAUACUUUCUGUGUUACUUUAGAAAGUAUUGCUAUGUUUAUAUGAUAUUAAUUGAAAUUUCAGUAUUUGUAUAUAUACUAGAGUCUUUACUUAGUUCUGCUUUUGUACAAAGAGGUAAUAAAAAGUUCUUUGCGUAAAAAUAAAGAUACAUUUUGCAUAAA